AUGGAGCCAUUUCAGGUGCGCCUCAACUGUAUCGAUCAUUACCAGGCGACCGCGUCGGAGUUGGAUCCUCCACUGCCUUUUCGUGAUGCGGUCUCAGAAAAGGACUGGAAGCCCAAGGUGCCUGUUAUACGGAUAUUUGGAGCCACCGAGGCUGGACAGAGAGUCUGUGUACAUGUUCAUGGCGCGUUUCCAUACCUUUACAUUGAGUACAAUGGGUCUUUGGCGCCAGAAGAUGUAAAUUCUGCGAUCCGAACGCUUCACCUUUCCAUCGACCACGCCCUCGCAGUCAGCUUUCGCCGAAAUGCAUACGAUAGAAGAACCGCGUUUGUGGCGCAUAUCACCUUGGUGAAAGGAGUUCCCUUUUACGGAUACCAUGUAGGAUGGCGGUUCUUCUUCAAGAUCUAUCUCUUGAACCCUUUCCACACAACCCGUUUAGUCGAUCUUCUGCACCAGGGAGCUGUGAUGAAACGUCCGCUUCAACCAUACGAGGCACACGUGCAAUACGUCCCGCAAUGGAUGUGCGAUUACAAUUUGUAUGGAUGUGCAAUCAUGAGGUGUGGGAAGGUCAAAUUCCGAGCCCCGGUACCCGAGUACCUUGAGCUCAGCAAUCUAGAGCAUCGUUGGCACGACCGUUCUAUUGAUCCCGAGAGCAUACUUGACCACCCUGCGUUACAGAAGCAAAGCAAUUGUGCGUUGGAAGUCGAUAUCUGUGUACAGGACAUAUUGAACCGCCUCGACGUCAAAGAGCGACCUUUACACCACGAUUUCACGGAGCUUUUGAGACCAGUUGCGGUCAGCGAGCGGCUUGUUCCUAGUAUGGCUGGACUUUGGCAGGAUGAAACUCGCAGACGAAAAAAGCGGAUGGGUAUCACCGAUCCCGGAAGUACUCCCUUUGGGCCUGAGGAAUUGGUUUCAAUGUCUGCGGAUCCAAGAGAUCAGUCCAAGGGCGGUUGGAUACACGAAGAAGAAUUCCGUGAAAUGGCAUCGCAACUUGUCGCGAACGAGAAAGAACAGGAUCACAAGAAAGUUGUGACAUUCGAGGACUUUCUGAGUACUGAAGAUCACGCCAAAAACGUCAAGACGGCGCUGGAUAGUGUGGAAGACUUUUUCCCCGACAAAAUCUGUAGCUUGACUUUCAAUAACCAGCGCACUCAUGAGUCCGCCCAGCAGAACGCACCGGAAAUCUCAGUUGAUGAGAGUCUCGCUCUGUCCUCCCAAACCGAUGGGCAGUAUUACUCUGACACUGAUCAAGAGGAUGAAUCAUUUGAGAACAGACCGGAUCAGGAGCCUGAGCCGCAAGGAGACCCGGCUGGUGAUAGCUUUUACGAUGCUGUUUUUGACGAAGUUCCAUUCUCAGAUGUCGCUGUGUCUGUCAAAUCUGCGCAGCCCGAGACCCCCAAAGCAAGAGAAGGACAUCUGGCACCUCAAACGAGUGGAUCCCAGGAAGAAACGCCCAGAGGUCCAAAUCAAACCAAAAGUGUCGCACCUAAGAGGCCUUAUUUUGAAGUCGAGUCUUCCCACCCGCCCACGAAAAGACCUAGAAAUUCAGCAAGUGUGGGCCUGUCCCACGGACAUUCAGGAUCACCCAAUAUGCGGCAGCAACAGCAACAGGACAAACGGAAAUCUGUUUCUUUCGAAAACAAGUUGGACUCGCAUGCGGAAAGGCCGUUGUCAGCACCAAGAUCAUCUUCCUCGCAGGAAACGCUUUGUCCAAAGGCGCAUGGUUACAACAGCGGGCUGAAGUUUCCGGUAGUCAAGGACCCCAAUGACCCCCUGACUAUUAUGCGCUACAGCCAAAAUGAAUCCCAUUGCUCGAAGAAAGAUUCGCAAUCAUCUCAACCUUUCACGUGUUCUUUCCCCUCUGGGUCCGCCAAUGACAUGUCAGGCCAGGCUGGCGAAACACAGUCAUCUUCCGAUAUCCACUCCUCUCCAACAGUCGUGGGAACCGCCUCUCUAGACCCACGUCUCGCCGAGACCAUGGGAAAGAUCCACCAGUCUUUCAAAAUUGGACCCAACGCAUCGUUACGUUGUUUUAGAUAUGCCUGCCCAACGCCUAAGGAGGUUCAGUCAACGAUGAAUGAGUAUGGACGCCCUUCGGCUGUAUACCAGAAGGCAUUUUACAGUGAUGAAGCGGAUGUGCCCGAACGACCAAGAGAAUAUGGCGGCAGAGAGUUUCGGCUGGAAAGCAACACUAUCCACUAUUUACCCGAUUUUGAUCCGACGUGUCAGGCACCUGCAAUAUAUGGCGAGCAAACGCCGGUUACACGCGACCAGAGUCAACAAGAAAAGGCUGAUCAGCAGCUCCGAGAAGAGUGUACAGCCAAGGUCUGGGAGUUUGCCCCCGUUCCGCCAAGCCGAUCAGAAGUCAUAGAAUGGUUCGAACAGCUGGAAGCCUCAUCAGAGCCCAAGCGCAAGAAAAAAACCCGAGUCACACAUACCGAGACCAAGGGAGCUCUGCUCUCGCAGAUUGAGGGCCCAACACAGAAGAAUGCACACGGGUUCAAAUACUCGCAGAAGGGUGUGUCUACUAGCGUGGAGCACCAGGCUCAAUACAUGAGCACAAUGAGCUUAGAAGUGCACGUAAACACGCGCGGAACUCUUUUACCAAACCCAGACGAGGAUGAGAUCACUUGCAUGUUCUGGUGCGUUCAAUCAGAAGACGAGGAUCUCGAGGUCAAUAGUCACCUCCCUGGCGUUCAUGUUGGGAUGGUUUACCAUGGCGAGGGCGAGAGGCCAGAAGCCAAAGUCAUCAAAGCAUUGACAAUUGACGUUGAGAGUGAGCCUACGGAGCUAGACCUGAUCAACCGACUCAUAGAUAUGGUCCGAUAUCAUGAUCCAGACAUUAUCACAGGGUAUGAGGUCCACAGCGCUUCUUGGGGUUAUGUCAUUGAGCGAGCCCGGAAGAAGUACGAUUUCGACAUCUGCGAGGAACUCUCAAGAACCAAAUCUCAAUCCCAUGGACGGUUCGGGAAAAACGCAGAUCGAUGGGGAUUCGACCAUUCAUCAUCCGUUCGUAUCACUGGGCGACACAUGUUCAAUAUCUGGCGCGCCAUGAAAGGAGAGCUGAACCUGCUGCAGUAUACUAUGGAAAAUGUCGUGUUCCAUGUAUUACAUCGUCGAAUUCCUCAUUAUUCCACUCAGGAAUUGACGAAGUGGUACCAAAGCGGCAGGCCUCGAAACAUCCUCAAAGUUGUGGAUUAUUUUACCUCCCGUGUGCAGUUGAAUCUGGAAAUUCUCGAGGCCAAUGAAUUAACACCAAGAACGAGCGAACAGGCGAGAUUGCUGGGCAUUGAUUUUGCCUCGGUGAUUUCCCGCGGAUCCCAGUUCAAAGUUGAAUCGCUGAUGUUCCGAAUUGCGAAACCCGAGAACUUCCUGCUCGUGUCACCAAGUAAGAAGCAGGUGGGACAGCAGAACGCAUUGGAAUGCUUGCCGCUCGUCAUGGAGCCACAAAGUGACUUCUAUACAAGCCCAGUCCUCGUGCUUGAUUUCCAGUCAUUGUACCCGAGUGUCAUGAUCGCGUACAACUAUUGCUACUCGACUUUCCUGGGCAGAGCAAUGCACUGGCGUGGGCGAGACAAAAUGGGUUUCCUGGAUUACAAGCGACAGCCCAGAUUACUUGAAUUACUCAAAGACAAGGUCAACAUCGCACCCAACGGCAUGAUGUAUGCAAAGCAGGAAGCACGCCAGUCCUUGCUGGCGAAGAUGCUUUCCGAGAUCCUCGAAACCCGUGUGAUGCUCAAAAACGGCAUGAAAGCCGACCAAGACGACAAAGUCUUGCAGCGCCUUCUAAACAACAGACAAUUGGCGCUGAAGCUGAUCGCCAACGUCACAUACGGCUACACAUCCGCCUCAUUCUCCGGCCGAAUGCCGUGCUCCGAGAUCGCCGACAGCAUCGUCCAGACAGGACGAGAAACACUCGAAAAAGCCAUCGCCUUCAUCCACUCAGUCGAACGCUGGGGCGCCGAAGUCGUCUACGGCGACACAGACAGUCUAUUCGUACACCUGAAAGGCCGAACCCGCGACGAAGCCUUCGACAUAGGCGAAGAAAUCGCCCAAGCAAUAACAGACAUGAACCCACGCCCGAUAAAACUCAAAUUCGAAAAAGUCUACCACCCCUGCGUCCUCCUGGCCAAGAAACGCUACGUAGGCUUCAAAUACGAGCAUCGCAACCAGAAAGAGCCCGACUUCGACGCAAAGGGCAUCGAAACCGUCCGUCGCGACGGCACGCCCGCCGAACAAAAAAUCGAAGAAAAAGCCCUGAAAAUCCUCUUCCGCACCGCAGACCUAAGCCAGGUGAAAUCCUACUUCCAGCGCCAAUGCGCAAAAAUAAUGCAAGGCCGCGUCUCCAUUCAAGACUUCUGCUUCGCACGCGAAGUCCGUCUGGGCACAUACUCAGACCGCGGAACACUCCCCGCCGGAGCAAUGCUCAGCACGAAACGCAUGCUCGAGGAUCCGCGCUCGGAGCCGCAGACCGGCGAGCGCGUGCCGUACGUUGUUGUGACCGGUGCGCCGGGGUCGCGACUUAUUGACCGGUGCGUGGCGCCGCAGACGCUUCUGCACGAUGCGCAGCUGGAGCUUGAUGCGGAGUACUAUAUCACGAAGAACCUCGUUCCGCCGCUGGAGCGGAUUUUCAAUCUUGUGGGUGCGAAUGUAAGGCAGUGGUAUGAUGAGAUGCCGAAGGUGCAGCGGAUUCGGAGGGUUGAUGUUUCGACGUCGAGGUCCGGGUCUGGGGCGCUCGUUGCGCCGAGUAGGAAGACGCUGGAGUCUUAUAUGCAGUCGUCGGCGUGUGUUAUUUGUCGGUCGAAGUUGUCGGAUACUGCUGUCCCGGUUUGUGGGGAGUGUAUGCAGCAGCCGCAUAUUGCUUUGCUUGAUGUUGUUUCGCGGUUGCAGAGGGCGGAGAAGAGGGUUGUUGGUUUGGAGGCUAUUUGUCGUUCCUGUAUGGGGGUUUCUCCUGUUGACGAGGUUAGUUGUGAUAGUCUGGAUUGCCCGGUCUACUACUCGAGGACAAGGGAUGCGGCUAAUUGGAGACACUCAAAGGGUGUCUUGGAGCCUGUUGUUGAGUUGUUGGAGCGCAAGGGCGAUGAGGGAUUGGAUUGGUAG